AACUCAAUUGCUACAGCACUCCUAAACAGGUAACAUGAAGUAUUUAAAUCAGGAUAAAUUGUACGGUUAGUUGAUCGAUUCAUCUGUGGCCGCUUUCUGGAAUUUACAGAAUCUACUUUCAUUUUCAGGAAUGAAAUGAACUUCUUUGGUUUUAAGGAUUAAAAUAGCAAGGAAACUCUAGAUGGGUUUGUGUGGUAGUAAGACGAAUGAAUUUGAUAAUAUUCAGCCAACACCUAAAACGAGAAAUACACCUCCAAAUGAUACAGAGGAAGAUGGAAGUGAUUUUUUAUACGAGUUUGAAAAUGAUUCUGAUGAGAUACAACUUGAACCAACAGAGGAAGGUUAUCCUGAACCAAAAGCCAAUGAUGAUAGUCACAAAAUAUUUCAAAUGUUGUUUGCAAGGAAAGGUUCAAAUGACGGAACAGACGAAAACGGCAAUGAAAUAAUUAACCAGGAACAGAUAGACAAUUAUGCAAGAAAUGCACCAGCUGAUGUGUCCUCCACCUUUGAGGAUCUUAUAGAAUACUUAGAGAAACCUUUCAAGAAUCAUCCUGACAGAGAUGCGUUCCUGGUUAGAGCAAUUCUAGUUUGGUUAAGCAACCAGAAUAUUGAUCAGAUGGCUAUGUCACCAGGCAAUUCUACAUCACCAGCAGGAUACUUGGCAUUGUUAGGACAAAAGAAAACUACUUAUUCUACAUUUUUUACAGCUCUCUGUAGAAAAGGUGGAGUAUUAUGUGCACAAAUACGUGGAAUUUGUAAAGCUGGCGAUUAUCAACCUGGUGAUAGAGAUGAAAGAGGCAGUCUGUGGAACGCUGUUUAUCUCCAUGACAACUGGCACAUUGUACAUCCGUUCUGGGCAUGUCGCUCAGUAUUUGGAAAGGUCUCUGGUGGCUGGAUAAAGUUGGAAGCAGGGGGGCAAACUAUCGCUAAACGGACGGAAGAAUCUGCAGGCACGAUUCAGAAUUCAUUUGAUGAUAAUUACAUUAUGCCUAAACCAAAAGAAUUUCUGUAUGCCUGCCAUCCUAACGAUAGUAAAUGGCAGCUUGUGAAACCUCAAAUAAGCAGAAAUGAAUUCCUUGACAAAGCAUAUCUUCUCCCGCCAUUCUGGAGAUUUGGUAUGGAGAUGAUUAGUGAAGACAGAUGCUCUAUUAUUUCUAAGAAUGGUGAAGCUAAAAUUUCAUUUAAAGCGCCUUUAAAAACUGGAAAUGAAAUUGAUGUAUGGUAUGAGUUGCUCCUAAAAGAAAACACUUCUGGUGCUGAAACAGAUCUACUCAAUCCAGAAAAUAUUCCAAAACUUGUGAGCAUGAUACGGAACACUCCAGAAUGGAACUGCACAAUUCAAUUCCCAGCAAAGGGACUAUAUAAAAUAGUAUUUAGCGGUGGUAGGCACAACCAAGGUCUAGCGAGAUUGGGUGAAUUUCAGUUAGUUUGUAAUGAGAAAAUACAAGACUGCAAACCAUUACCUUUUAAUCCUGGACGUGCCGGUAUAGGUUAUGGACCCGUUACGGAAAGUGCUGGAUUGAUUUUACCUUCUCACAGAAAUGGCCAGAUUCACGUAGACAAAACAAAACCUACCAGUAUCAGAUUUUUUGUAGACAGCAUUGUAUUAAAGACUCUGAUUGUAAGAACGGAAUUAAUAACCAAUUCUUCCGUAAAUGACAAAAAUUUACAGAAAGCAUUAAAUGAAAAAGUUACAUGGAAGAUCGAGUCCAGUGGAAAAGAACAUAAUAUGCAAACGUCUGCAAGAGAACUAAAAAUAGUCACAGAUGCACAGACAAAGGAAAAUUGCUACCUCCGAAUUUAUACUGGACACCGUUCAAGACAUCAAGAUGAUACAAUCGAACCGGAAAUGUCUGUUGUGUGUAAUUAUUUCCUGACCACUUCAAAGUUACCAAGUUAUGAGAAUGGGAGUAAGCGAUUUGCCCGACGUAAUCUACUGACUGCCAUGGAAGGAGAUGAUAUGGAACUGAUAAACAAAUGCUUGUUACAUUGUGAGAGGACACAACUCGGUGAAGACGAUGCUGAUAUGAACUAUGCCCGACAGAAAAUUGAGGUUCUAACUCUCAGGAAAGCAAUCCAUGAUGCAAGACUGAGAAAAAAUUUAGGAAAUGUAGAAUUGACAAUCAAAAUGAUAAAGAGUUCUAAAUUUAUGAACAUAUUCUUACGCGAUAUUCAAGUAUUGGAGAAGUUUGCCGAGUCUCUUCGUCAAUUGAAAGGUUUUACGUGUGAUCUUCCCAGGCUGCUAGAUGCCUUAUUAGAAUUACGGAAUCGAAAUGUUCCGAAUGAUGUUGUCAAAAACACUUUAACAGCUCUUCUGGUAUUGUUUGGAUGUGAUGUUGAUGAAAAUGAGGACUUUGAAGAUAUACAGUUACAUUGCAAAGCUUUAGCGGGAAGGCUAAGUACACAAAAAGAUUCAAGUUUCAAAGAAGCUGACGCCAGGAAAGCUCAAGAAAUCAUGGAGAAAUACACAUAUGAAGAAAAACAAUGCAGUACUAUGGCAGCAGCUAAAUUACAUCUAUGGAUACAGGACGUUUCCAAGAAAGUAUUGAAUGACUUUAAAGAUGACAGCUAAGAAACAUAUAUACGAUGCUUACAUGAACAGUCUGUGGAUACAUAGAAUGUAUUCUAUAAUAUCAGUUGACGAAUAAUUAGCCUAUGAUAUAAUAUUUUAACAUUUGUCCAGUAGAAUAUACUUGUCGUCAUAUAAAACUAUGUUUGUUGAGCGAAGUUUCUAUCAACAUGACUUUCUUGCAAUCUUCAGUAGUCGGAAUAAUAAAAAAAUGGAUUAUCAAUAAUA